AUGUUCAUGGAGGAAUUUGAACAGCUAGCCAUCAACACAACAGACCACAGACCCAACGUUUGGAUCCGAUAUGUGGAUGACACUUUUGUCAUCUGGCAGCAUGGGCAGGACAACCUCCGACUCUUUCUGAAACACCUCAACGGGCUUCACAGCAGCAUCCAGUUCACCACGGAACAAGAACGUAAUGGCAACAUUUCGUUUUUUGAUGUUGAGGUGACCAGAAAGGAGGACGGGCAUACAACAUCUGCGACAAAGAAUUCCUCGGCCAAGAACACCACAGCUCUGCAACGUAACGGAUACAAGCCAAGUCAAGACCCAAGAUCCCAGAUCCAACCCCGGCCGAAGGGUCUCCUAUACCCAAAGCCAACUAGUUUAAGUGCCCCUAGUUCCAUCACCCUCCCCUACUUAGACAGUACUUCCCACUAUAUCCAGCGCAUUCUCCACAAGUACGGUAUCCGAGUUUUCCACACAGCCCCACUGCAGUUGCACAACCUGCUCACCUCGCACAAGGACCGGCAGGACCCCCAGCGCAGACCAGGGGUGUACAGAAUUCCUUGCCAAUGUGGUAAAGUGUACAUCGGCGAGACGGGCAAGGACCUCCCUACCCGAAUCAACAAACACAAAGCCCGUGGCAGGAAGGGAGAACUUGAUGAGUCGUCAAUAAUUAAGCACUCCCACACUGAAGACCAUCACAUCAACUGGAACCAAGCUGAACUCAUCACCAGCAUCGAACGAUGGUGGCCGUUCCAUCAAUAA